UGUAUUGCAGCUGUAGAAAGGGCAAUUAUGGAAAAGCUGGAGAAAAUGGACAUGAAGAUCAACCACCUGACUUCACUGGUGCAGUCUAUAACAGGAAACAGACUCUCUUUACCCCAGAUGGAUGUGGCCGAAGAGGAAGAGAGUGGUGUCUUUCCUCUAGCAAGCAUUGCUGAUCUAGAUAUGCUAGAGGAAAAACUUGCAGAAAAGGGAUUUAUGCAAAGAAUGGUUAACAGAUUAUCCCUCAGUGGUGGCCCCAAUAUGAAGAAGACAGUGUGGAGGAUUUGCUUCAAGGUUUUCACCACUGACGUCGCACGGCAACUCAACUGGUGUGGAAGGGGAGGUAAAAAAGGCCUUGGGAAAACAAACUUCGGAGCACUCUUAAUAUCUUCCGCUAUAAGGAACCCUGUUCUUCUGUCCCCCACUGAGGCAGAGGCGGAAAAGUUUGUGAAGGACUUCCUACGCUUGGCCCCAGGGAGGAUAUAA